GCUCUUUUCGCUGGUAUUUUGCGGCAGCUUCUGCAGAAGUCCCUCCUCCAGGUGAACUGUUUAAGAGGAGACGCUGCAGGAACAUGUGAAGACGCUUCAUGGAUCGUCUCAGCGCUUCCUGAGAUCAACAUGGAUCCUGCUCCGUCAUGGGUUCCAGGCGUCCUCAGCUUCAUUGCUUCAUCUCUGCUUAUUGUUUUAUUUGGUUUGAUCUCCUACAAAUGGAAUCAGCACCAGAACAAGAAAAACAACCAGCGAGGUCACAUCACAGCAGACGAUGGAGACGUGACGAGUGCGGUCACAAGAAACAUCAGUCAAUUCAUAGAUCAAACAGAUGGAAUUAAGCAGCUUCAAGAUGAGAAGCACAGGAACAACAUCGACCAGGAGCCUGUGGAGACGGUGAAGCCAAACAUCAGCCAGAGUGAGAGCAGCCCUCUGUCAGCUGACAAAGAAGAACUGGAGACGAGGAAUCUGAUUCCUGAGUCUGAAAAGUGUUCAAACUUGAGGUCCAACACAGUCGCAGCAGCUCAUGAGCCGCAGCUUAAGGUCGUCCUGGCGUUGCACAGGAUGAAGAAGUUGGAAGAUGAGGUGAAGAGAAUUCCACAUCUGGAGGAGAAACUGCAGCUGGUGGAGUGUGAUCUGAGAACGGUGACGAUGAGGCUGGAGACCACACAGACAGAGCUGGAGCACAAACGGGCGGAGAUGCAGGAGCUGCAGGCUGAGCAGCGGAGACGGGAGGAAGCAGAGAGGAAGCAGCUGGAGCACAAGGACAAGCAGCUUCAUGGACUGCAUCAGCACAGGAUGGAGGUUCAGAGUCUGACAGAGAAGAACAAGAAGCUGGAGAAACUGCUGAGUGAAGUGAGGAAGAACAACGAGCAGGAGCUGAUGAGAACCAAUCAGGCAGCUCGUGAGACCUGGACUCUGACUCUUACUGAGCUGAAGGACACACAAAUCAAACUGGAGGCUGAGAUGUCAACGAACAGGAAACUGAGGGCUGAGAAUGAGGAGCUUAGGAAGCAGCUGAUCAAACUGAGUGUGUGACAGGUAGAGAAGCUUCAGGAUGAGACGUCUGGAGAACAGCUGGAGAACAAGAACUACAUGUUAGAGUUCUCCCCCUUUUAUGGGUUCAACUGUCAUGAGCCCUGGUCUGGCUCCACCCACUCCCUGUCUGACCACGCCCCUUUACCUGGGCCACGCCCCAGUACAGACUCAGAUCAACAGCCUUGUGUUUGUCAUCAUCACGUCAUGCUUAGUUUCAGACUUCUUGCUGUGGUUCUCAGGUUUUUAGAACGAUGCAAUCAUUUUGUACAUGUUCGUUUUGCAUGUGAAGAUCAUUUAUACAGUACAACUAAUUACUGCUAAUGUAGAAAAACGCGGCUCAUCUUCAGCAGUGAGGUCCAAGUGGCCGUUGCACAAACGUGCUGUUGUCGCCACCUAGAGGCCGACAUCAGAAUGACUGUGGUUUUGUGUUGUUUUUUUCUUCCACCACUAAUGAAGGUGGAGCUGUGAAUCUGUCAAAGUGCUGCAUUGUUGAAGAUGUUGCUUCUUAACAUGUGAACCUCUGAUGCUAUAAACACUGAACCACUGUCUGUCCUGGAAAUAACAGCUGAAAGAAUGUGGUUGUGCUUGAACACAGCUCCUACACAGAUUCUAAAUAAACGCUGUCUGACAAC